GAUGUGUAUGUGUCAUCCCAAACUCACAGCACAACAACACUGACACCUCAGCUGGAUCUUCUGACCCGCUCGGGUCUAAAAUAAAAUACUCAACACCCUCCCAAACUUCACUGACAGCCUCAUAAAUACACUAAAAGGCGGUUCGCGCACCGGGCGGAGGGUUUAUGUCGUAGAAUCCGCAGGUUUUGGGUCCGGUUCCGCCCGAAUCAUGUCCUGCUGUCUGCUGGAUUUCGGCCGGGUCCAGGAGCUCAGACAGGUGCGAGAGUUUCUGUUCCCCAAGCACAACAACGCCGGACCCGAGGAAGAGAAAACACAAGCAGAGAAUGAGUUAACGUGGGAUGACUCAGACUGGGGCUCUUGGGAGAAUCCUGACAGCAAAGAGGAUGGCGCUCAGGCUGAGGAGGAGGAGCAGCAGCAGAGCACCCCUUGGCUGCAGGACUGUGUGCUGUCUCUCUCGCCCUGCUCAGAUCUGCUGGUCAUCGCUCGAGAGCACAAAGCCGCAUUUCUUUCUGCUAAGUGGCGGACAGACGAGUGUGGGCAGGAGGAAAUGACCCUUGCUGUGACCUGGAGUGGAACGCUGACCGCCGAGGAGGGGGAGUGUAUCAAUAGUGUUAUCUGUAUUCCACUGGCCAGCCAGAAGAGGAGCUCUACUGGCCGGCCUGAUUGGACCUGUAUUGUUGUUGGAUUCAGCUCAGGUUAUGUCCGGUUCUACACAGAGAGUGGUGUUCUUCUGUUGGCCCAGUUGUUGCAUGAAGAUCCUGUGCUGCGACUGAAAUGUCGCACCUAUGAGAUUCCACGUCACCCUGGAGUAACGGAACAGCAUGAGGAGCUCAGUAUUCUGUACCCAGCAGCCCUUGUCACCAUCGAUGGCUUUAGUCUCUUCCAGUCUUUACGUGCCUGUCGAAACCAGGUUGCCAGAGCUGCAGCAGCAGGAAGUGAUGUCAUCCAGCCUCCACCACUGGCCUAUAAAAAGUGGGGCCUGCAAGACAUGGACACAAUUACAGACCAUUCCAGCAUAGGUAUUACUACUCUGAGUGUGUUCGAUCAGAUGAAAAAUGCAUCUGUCCUUGGAGGAUUUCAUGCUUCGGUUAAAGGAAGCCCUCCUGCAAUGAGUCAGUAUAUCACAGUGGGAGGUGGACCUUACACUGGGUUCUACUAUGCUAUAGAGGGAAGUUCUCAGCCUCUUCUCUCUCACGUGGCUCUGGCUGUGGCCAGCAAACUCACAUCAGCUCUGUUCAGCGCUGCCAGUGGUUGGUUAGGAUGGAAGAGUAAAAAUGAAGAGGAGUCAGUGCAGAAACAGAAGCCAAAAGUGGAGCCAGCCACCGCCCUUCCUGUUAGGUUCGGUCUUCCAGAUUCUCGUCGGCAUGGCGAGACUAUUUGUCUCUCUCCAUGUAACACUAUGGCUGGAGUCACAGAUGACUUUGGUAGAGUCACGCUGCUGGAUGUGGCACGAGGCAUCGCUAUCAGGAUGUGGAAGGGCUAUCGUGAUGCUCAGCUCGGAUGGGUGCAGGUGUCAGAGGCUCGUGGAGAAAGAGAUCUAGCCACAUCUCCGUCUAUGCCCCGCCGGCAUGCCCAGUUUCUGGUGAUUUACGCCCCACGAAGGGGUAUUUUAGAGGUGUGGGGAACUCAGCAUGGACCACGAGUAGGGGCUUUUACUGUAGGCAAACACUGCAGGCUGCUGUACGCAGGUCACAGGUUAAUGGGUGUAAACAGUGUAACCAGUCAGGGCUGGCAAAUACACACACAACAAGUGUGUCUGUUUGACCCGAUUAAUGGAGCCCUGAGAGCCGUCACCAUACCAUUCCACCUGGCACUCAGCGAUAAGAAGAGCGAGCGCGCUAAAGACAUGCACCUGCUGAAGAGACUCACCACUCUUCUUAGGAGCAGGGAGGUGGAGCCAGCUCUGCUUGAGAGUGAAGCACAAAGUGUGUUACUGGACAUUAAACAUCCAGCUAUUAAGAAACAGGCCCUGGAGUCACUUUUGUCUAAUAAGAAUGCACCAGUGUCCUGUUUGACCAGUGUUACUCGUGCAUUAUUGGCUAGCCUGAAAGAACAAGAUCCUGAAGCAGUGGAUGAGUCGUUGCUGCAGUUUUGUUCAUCCCAGCUUAAACUUCUCCAGCUCUAUACAGACGUUCAAUUACUCCACACACCCGAUACAUCACCCACUGAGCCAGAACAUCCGUCGUUUUCUGGUAUUCAGGAGGAUCUUGCUCGUGUUGGCCAAGUCCUGCAGCGAUACACAGAGAUGAACUCUCGGCCCUGCGUCUCAUUCGCUCAAGACUCAAGUGGGCCUCUGCCAGUCCGAACAUUUCUGUCUCAAUUGGAGUGGGUGAAUGGAGAGCUCAGAGUGAUUAAACAACCUGAUACCGACUGGACCCAACUGGGUAGCUUCCUGUUCUGGGGUUGUCUCUCUGGUCAGAGUCCUUUACAAAGAGUGUGUGAGACUCUGCAGGAAAGUGGCAUCAGCCCUCAGCAGCUACUGUCUUUACUUUUGUCGGUUUGGCUGAACAAAGAGAAGGAAGUACUGAAGUGCCCAGACGCUGUCUCACACCUAUACACGCUGCUGUCCACCCUCAGCUCCAUUAAAGGAGCAGUGGAUGAGUCAUGGGACGGCCAGUGUGUCUCACCCUGGUGGCAGCAGGUGCGCACAGCUUGUGUUCAGUCUGAGAGCUCCGGCGCUGCACUACUGGCUGCUCUAGUCGCUCAUCGUGUAGCCAAGAAUGCCAUCACCAAGCUGGCAGAGAGCAAGUUUCAGGAGGAGUGGGAAUGUGUUUCUCUGGAGUUGGAGCAGUGGUUGGUGUGUAUAAAGCAGUUGGAGGAUGUUCUUGCUCUGCAGACACUGCUCUGCCUGCCAUCUCCUCAGGGCUCCACAGGUGGCGCUGUUACACGCUGCUCAGUCAAAACACUAUUGGAAAGUGGCAGAGGGGGUGUAGCAGACUGUGUUUCGAAGUUGAUCUUCAGACAGGGUGUGUCUCCUGAUCGCCUAAGUGAUAUCCUACAACGAAGGGGAGAGAAUGAACCCACUCAACAGCCAGUCCAGCAAGGCGGGGAGGAGAAAAUGGAGGAGCUGCUGGAGUGUGUGUGUCAGCGGUUCCCAAAUUCUCUGUCUCCUGAUGUGCUGUUUGCUCACUGUAGCUGGGAAAAUGUGGUGCAGUGGAACAAAGACCCAGAGGUGGGGCAGUACUUAGAGUGGUCAGUGGAGUUUUUGAAGAUGAUAUCCAAUCCUCACAUUCAGUUGGGUGUCUCUGUUAUGAUGUGGCAGACCUUCAUAGUCAAGCGUUUUUCAGCUGCUGCCUUCCUAAUGGAAAAGGUGGGAAAGGCACCUAAAGACCGGCUGUGCAGACGGGAUGUAGGAAUGGGCGACGCAGCUGUGAGGAGUUUCCUGGGCUCCUGUGUGCAGUUACUUCAGGCCCUGAUGGAGGUCUCAUCUUCCUCUUUUCUCCCUUCCUUUCCUUUUUUCUCCAGAGCGGAUUCAGCGAUGGAGGAAAUGUCUGCUCCAGAUGUGUGUGUGGAGGAAGUAUGGGGCAGUGCUGAGGGUCCAGUGUCUAUAGUGGAAUUAGCUCUGGAUCAGAGAUCUGUUCACUAUCCUCUCGUUCAGCAUCACUGUGUGUUAGCGUCACUGCUGCACGCCGCCAUGACCUUCUCCCUGCGCCUGAAACCGCUCAGCCUGUUUGACAGCAAGGGUAAGAAUGCGUUUUUUAGAGAUUUGUCGUCCAUUCAGUUGCUGCCCAGUGGAGACAUGGACCCCAACCUGGUGUCUGUGAGACAAGAGUUUCUGAUGAACGUGUUAACAGGCUGGGUGAAGGUUCUAGCUGAAUCUGAGGAGAACGGUGUCAAACACAACGGCACUGAAGACAUGUGGCCGUCUGUGUGUAUGGAGCUUUCGUCUCUACUGCAGGUCAAUACCGACAUCCUGCGCAGACACCUCGUCUGUGAGCUCUACAACCAGGGACUAGAUCUGCGGGCAGAGGAGGUGAUGAUGGAGGUGCAGGACAAGGAUGUUUUGGGCUCUCAGCUGCUGGUGUUGACUGGUCAGAGGCUCUCUUACUCUCUGCUCCACUCCCAAUCACAGACUAAACCCAACAUGGAGCUGUUGGCCCGUCUACCGCCCACUCUCUGCACCUGGCUGAAGGCUAUGGACCCCAGUGAGCUGCGCUGUCCCUCAGUCCCUCUGUCUCAGAGCGGUCGACUGAUCAACAAAGUCAUUGAGAUGCUCCCCGAAAACCAUGCCCAGUACAGCCUUGCCCUUCACCUGCUGGAGGCCGUGGACUCUUUACACGAAGAGCCCUGAUAAAAAGAAAUGCACAGGAGGAGAGAAUGAAAAUCGUGUUUUUUUAAUAUUCUAGACUUUAAAACGUUCCCAGAAGCCCGAGACCUCCCAAGAACCUGGAUGAAUGCAUCUUCAUCAUUACCAUCAUAAUCAUCAUCAUCAUCAUCAGUAAUCUGCUUAAUUUAGCAGACUUGAAUUUCUUUCUCACAACUGUCACUAAAAUAACAUAUCAAGAGCACUAGCACCUCUAGAGGAUGUGCUGGCCCACAAUGCCUGUGCACACUGAACGUGUCACAAAUAAAGGGCCUGGAGUCUCUAGUGUCUAGAGUGUUAUUAGGAUAAAAAAAGCCAAUGUUAUUCAUGUACAGUAGUCCUGUAAUUAAAGAAGAAUGGCAUUCUUUACAAGGAAGCUUUAAAAUAAUAUUGUGCUGUAAUCGGUAUAAUCAAAACAUUACAGUAUAUUAACACCAUGGGGGGUAUAUUUUCUAUAUAUUUCAAAUUCUAGAUGUUCUUGUUCAUUUAUUCUGCCAAUUAAACGUCUGCAAUGUCCCAUUGAUGCUGUUUGUUAGUAAACAAGCACUAAAAUGUCAUUGGUUAUUAUUGGUAUGUUAUAUUUUAAAUGUACACGUUUAGGUGUGGUUGCAAGGUGAGACAAAAGAAAGAAUUCUCUUCAGUAGAGCUGACUUUUAUGCAGUCCUGUACCAGCUGUGCCUGGCUGCUCAUAUAAUGCAACGUUAAUCAUGAUACCAAAAAUAAAGACCAUUUCAGAGAA